GAAUUUCAAGAAUCCACGAAAACACACAAGGUGCCUAUGUUUGCUACAUGUUCAUGAUGUUGAUUUGAUUCACAUAAACUCAGUACAGGCUCCCUGUCCCAGGGACGAGCCUCUGGGCUGCAGUAUCACCUCCCGGCCACACGGUGUCGCUCUGAGCAAACAACACGGAAGGAAGCUCGUCUCUCUGCCGCUUUUAACCCGUUCACCAGCAUCAUGGCGGACGAGGUGGAUGUUGUUGACAUCGAAGGAGACGAAUGUGAUGCAGAUGAUGGUGAUCUUACCAGAGCAAUGAUCCUCCAGGAUCAGUAUUUCCAGUCAGCAUGGAGGACUGACCCUGCUGUGCUGCCCUGGACCCUGGAUAACUCAAUCAGCGAUGAGAACAGAGAGAUCAUUGAGAGCAUGUUGCUGGAAGAGCAGUAUUAUUUUGCUGGGAAGAAGGUUCCUAAAGUGGCGUGGACUGAUGAAAAGCCUAAAGUAAAAAAGUCACCAGUGAAGAGCUCUGGAGCUUCAGCUCGUUGGGCACAAGAGGAGAAAGAUCUCUUUGAGAAAGGACUAGCUCAGUUUGGUCGGAGGUGGACCAAAAUCGCAAAGCUGAUCGGCACUAGGACCGUUCUUCAAGUGAAGAGCUACGCCAGGCAGUACUUUAAAAACAAGGCUAAAGCUGAAGGUCAUGCUGAAGUGUCUUCCACUAAGUCCCAGAGUGCACUGCUUCAUGCGCUACCGUCUGGAUCCAGCCCUCCCUCUGUGCAGCCUCAGGCCGCUGCUCUGGCCAACGCUGUACGCAUCGAACGGCUGUCUGACGAUGAGGACGUGGACAUCACCGAUGACCUGAGUGACGAUGCGAGUCAACCUGAGAACCAGUUAGAUUUCAGGGACGAGCCCAAAGGCUUGGACCAGCCUCAAGACCAAAGAGGUCAAACUCAAAUAGCGUUCUCUGCAGGCAGACUAAACAAUGACGUCUCAGAUGUAGUGGAAACGUCUGAUCCACCUGCUGAGUUCGUCUCUGAGGGGAACAGCAGCCACUUUCACACAGUGACCGAGCCAGAACCUGGAGAUCAUAGAGAGUCCUGGUACACAAAACCACAGCCCCAGCAUGACGACGAGUGCACUGAAGAUAAAGAUAAAGAGAAGAGUCCACUGGAGGACACAGAGGAGCAGGACGAAGAGGAGGAGCUGAAGCCUCCUGAACAGGAAGUAACAUUGGACACAAGCACCAUCACAGAAGAAGAAAAGCAGGCCAUCCCAGAAUUCUUUGAGGGUCGUCUGUCAAAGACCCCAGAGCGAUAUCUGAAAAUCCGCAACUACAUACUGGACCAGUGGGAGAAGAGCAAACCCAAGUACUUAAAUAAGACGUCAGUGCGUCCAGGCUUGAAGAACUGCGGGGAUGUGAACUGCAUUGGCCGAAUACACACUUACCUGGAGCUCAUAGGGGCUAUCAACUUCAACUGUGAGCAGGCUAUCUAUAACCGUCCUCGGCCGGUGGACCGCUCGCGUCUGAAGGAAAGCAGAGACAGUCUGGAGGCCUAUCAGCUGGCUCAGAGACUACAGUCCAUGCGCACAAGGAAACGACGAGUGAGAGAUGCCUUUGGGAACUGGUGUGAUGCCCGUGACCUGGAGGGCCAGACUUAUGAGGUGCUGCAAUCACAGGAACAUCUGAGUGCAGAGGAACUGGCCCUUAGGAGAGAGGAGAUGAGAAAGAGGCAACCAAAGCCCUGCAAACUGCCUAAGCGAGGCUCUUUUGAUCCAUUCCAGCUUAUCCAGUGCAAAGCCUUUGGAGAGGAAAGAAAGGAACCGUUCCGAGUGAUAGUGUGUGCUGAAGCUCUGGUUGUCAUGGAUGUGCAUGCUCAUGUGUCUAUGGGAGAGGUGAUCGGACUCCUGGGUGGAUCUUACGAUCAUGAGGACAAAGUGUUAAAGAUUUGCGCAGCAGAACCAUGUAACAGCCUCAGCACUGGACUGCAGUGUGAAAUGGACCCCGUCUCCCAGACUCAAGCGUCUGAGAUGCUUGGGGUCAAAGGUCACAGUGUAGUUGGAUGGUAUCACUCGCAUCCAGCUUUUGACCCAAACCCUUCAGUCAGAGACAUUGACACUCAGGCUAAGUACCAGAAUUAUUUCUCUCGAGGAGGAGCUCCAUUUAUAGGAAUGAUUGUGAGCCCAUACAACCCCAGUAACUCCUCCCCUGUGUCUCAGAAUACGUGUCUGCUGGUGCAGGAAGAGACUGGAUCUGCUGGCCCUCAGAAGCUUCCGUACAAGUUUGAGUAUCAAGUCUCCACUGAGCCACCAGACCUGAUGGAGGUGAUGAGAAGAGCAGAAUGGGUGGUGUUCAAGUACAGGCAGUCGUACGGGUCUGUGCCCAUGGAAAGACUCUACCGCAGAGACUCCUCGCUCACAUGCCUGGAAAAGAUGCUCACAUCACUUAGGAAGAUUCUCGAGGAGAUCCCAGAGACAGAGAACUUUCUGGUCCAGAUUGAAGCUUUGUUCGUUACACAUUUCAUAGAUAAGCAAGAGACAGAGCAAGCUUCUGGCUCCUCCUCUCAUCUUCAUGAGCAAUUUAAACAGUUUCCUUCACACACGUUCACCACCUCCGAGCUGAUGGACAGUAGUGAAGUCUUGGACUAUGAGGAGACGUGUUUUACAGAGGAGCAGUCCAUCAUUAACGCUAGCAGUUCUGAUAAAGGCUUGAAUAGCUCAGAUUCUGGAGACCAACUGUAGCUGGUAAAGAAGUAAAUAUAUAUACCUCUUGUACCAUCAGCAAAAAACUGAGUAUUGACAUUCAUCUGACCUGAUGAGCAGCUAAGUUAUUAAGGAGAGCUCCUGUUGUUGCAGAUACUAAUAUAAUUCAACUGUAUUUGGUAGUAAGACCAGUAAUCAUUUGCAAAGUACUGUACCUCAUGUUGAUAUCAUUUUGGCAGCAAUUAAAUAUCUCAUUGUAACAACA